UUUACCAAACAAGAAACCCAAAUAAAUUAAAUAAGGAAAUUGAAAUAGUUUUCUAUUUUCUCGGCAUGAGUUCUAAAAAACCUGACGAGGAAAAGCUUCCAGAUGGUUGGGUUUUAUGUACUUCCAAGUCAAAUCCUGGAAGGAAGUACUAUUUUAACAAAAAAACUGGAAAAUCCCUAUGGACGCAACCACAGCCAACAGAUCAUAAAGAUAAAAAAGUGGGAAAAAGAGAACAUCAAAAAUUGGAAAGAAAUCGAUCAGACGAAGUUGUACGAAGAGGGAACAAAAGAAAAAGUGAUGGCAUUGAAGGGUCUUCAGUGAAUAAAAAGCAAAGGCCAGAACAAUCAGAUCGUAAAAAAUAUAAUUCUGUUCAAAAGAAAGAGACUCAUACACUUGAAAAUGACCAAAGUUCACAUACUCCUAAGACACCCUUAAAAUCAACACACAACAAGCAUCAGCCUUCAACAUCAUACCAAAACAAAAAAGGUAAGAAAAAAUUGGCUAAAAAUAUAGCAAGCACAAGACUUGAAAAUCUAAAUGCAAAGCUAAAUAAAGAAGUUCAGGAGGAAGAAAGUGGCUACUCUCUGAAAAGAAGAAGCUCAAAUGAUCCAACAAAAGCCACAGAGAAAAGCCCUAAUGAUAAGGCAAACCAAUCGCCAACCCACGACAACAUACACUCUAUUCCUUCACCAUCCCAGUUUUUCACAGCAAAUAAAAUAAUAUCUUCUAUGAAAGCACAUUUGCCUGAAAAAUUCUGUAAUAAUGAUAAGCAGAAAGAUACAUUUGCUGAUAUUGAGAAGGGCAUUUGUAAUCAAACACCAGAAUAUCCAUUUUCUAAGCACCCGGCAACACCACCACAGUUUUCAGAAGCAAGUAAAUUAGUAUCUGCUAUCAAAUUAAAAUUAGGUUACAAAAUAAAUACUCCAAAAGAUUCUAACAGUAUUUCAAAGGAAAUAGGAACGAGUACCUCAUUAAAUAGCCAAGAGUUAGAAAGGUCACAUUCUGAAGCAAUGGAAGUUGAGGAUUUUCGGGAGCCAAAAGAGACACAUAUAAAUCCACAGAGAGACAAAAAUGAUAAAGAUAUCGUACUUGUUAUUGACACAAAUAUAUUUAUACAUCACUUGGAUAUCAUUAAAAAUGUACUAAAUUCACACUUAAGAGGUUAUAGUGAACAGCCGAAUCUAUUGGUUCCUUGGCGGGUGAUAAAUGAGUUAGAUCGCCUAAAGGAUAAUAAUAAUGGUAACAGUUCUUUGUCCAAACGAGCGAGAGCAGCCAUGGAUUACUUGUAUAAGUCCCUGCCAGUUAAUACUAGGAUCAAAGGUCAAUCACUUAGAGAUGCGAAUUGCCAUAUUUAUCCAUGUGAAAUGCCUGAUGAUGAAAUAUUAAACUGUGCCUUACAGCAAGUGGAACGUAAUAAGAAUGUGCUUCUCAUAUCAAAUGAUAAAAACCUAUGCAAUAAGGCUGAUAUAAAUUCAGUUGAAUAUAUAGGAAUUGAUUCGCUAAAGGAUAUGUUGGAGAACAAACCUCAGCCGGCCUCAGAUGAGUUGUAUGCAAGUUUUGUUCAUGCCAGUGAGAUUGUGUACCCGCUACUAGCUAAUAUAUUAGAGAGCGAAAUGCGAGCGAAAUAUGACAAUCUGUGGCAAUAUGUGAUAAUAAAAGCGCCUCCGUGGACAUUAGACGAUGUUCUACAAUGCCUUCUCAAACAUUGGAUUGCUGUAUUUAACGAGGUCUUUCCGAGAAUCGAACCCCUUAUUACUGAAUUGAAAAGCACGCUUUCGACUUUGCAGAAUAAGAAUGCAAAAACAAUUACCCAAUCUGAAGUUUCAACAUUUAAAGAAUUGUGUCUAGACAUCGCUAAGCGAUGUCAGAUAAUACCUGAAUACAUGGAGUUAGCAAAAACCUGCGUGGAGCAACUGUCGCGCGACUGUGCGAGCGAGACGGAAGACAACACGGACUCUGUUGUAGACACUUUCGAGUGUCUAUGGACUGUUUGCUCUAGUUAUUGUGCUAAGCUAGCGACGUCGGCCGACAUCGCUCACAGUUUAGAGGACAAAAUGCCGGCAAACGAAUGUCUACAAUCACUUAGCGUUAAGUGGAAUAUAUUUUCCACAAAUAUUAACGCCAUUGCGAGAGAUAUACAACGUGUAUUAUCUGCGGAAGAAAGCAUUAAUAUGAAAGAGGACGCGUUGAGUGAACUCGAGAAGUCGUUGAGCGAGUCGUUAAGUACGCUUAGUUUAGACAAAACUAUAUCCAGGAAUCAACUAAGGAUAUUCUGCAAUAAAUACAGAAACAUGCUUCAAGAGGCGUCAAGCAAAUUCUCGCACUUAAGUGAGCUCCUUAUAGUUUGUAAGGAAAAAUUGUCGCAUUGAUUAUUUAGUACAGUCGCAGACACGAGUGAUUUUAUUAUUAUUAUUCGCGAUCGACAUAGAUUUAAAAUUUAGUCUGAAAUAUUUUGACUUUUAACCUCCAAGAAGUUGUAACCAGAAUUUCAUCGCUGCAUCCCUACAAUUGUCACAGGACAAUCAGUUAAAGAUGAAGAAGAAUAAGAUGACUGUUGGCCUAGUGGAAUCAGCGUGCGACUUUCACCCCACCCCCCUUUCAAUACACUUUCUAUGUUCGCAUUUAACAAUCGCUCGAACGUUGAAGGAAAACAUCGUGAGACGGUGUGUGUGACCUAAAAGAGGCAGAUCACCUACUUGCCUAUUAGAUUGUCAAAUUAUCAUAGAUAUAGAAAUCAGAGGUCCAGACCUAAAAAGGUUGUAGCGCCAUUGAUUUAUUUUUUAAUUCUUUAAAUUUUAUUAGUCUCACGGUGUCCGUUGAAUACCUAAAUAAUAAUAAAAUGACUUUUGUCUGCGACAUUACUCUAGUCUAGCUUGUACAGAGCGGUUAUAACGCUUUAUUUAUUUGAAGAUGAGGUUCCUUUUAGUUGGUUUGAUUUUGGGCUUAAUUAAAAAUAUGUUAACGGGAAUAUUUACGACAAAAUUUGUAAUAACUGUGUAGAAAUGCCAAUUAAUAAUUGUUUUUCAGUUAAAUUAAGAUAUACUGAUGUAUUGAGUUUUAAUUUUACUGUUAUACAGUUAUUUGAUUUAUAGAAUUUUAAUUUUUAUUAACAUUGAAAGUGUAUUUUUAUUUAUGCUACGCUAGCGUUAUAUAUGAAUCAUAUUUUUUGAUAAUGCCCUUACAGACCUUGUAAGUGUUAAGAGGCCGGUCAAACACUCUCAAACUCCUCUCCUCUGGCUUUGAGGGUUCCAUACCCUCAUUGCUAUGGGCGGCAUCACUUAACCUCAGAUGAUCGUCCUGCCCGUUUGUAUUUGCCUUGUAUUCUAAAAAGGUCUAUAUACAUUUUUUGAAUUUUUUUUGAUCUAUAAUAACAAGUCGUCGAUCAGCGUUCUGCGCCUGGUAUGAUUUUUUUAGGUCUAAGAUAUGUUGGACGCCUUCAUUAGACCAUUGAGACCGGCACUUAACACACACUUCACUGAUUAAACAUGAAAGGAAUUUCAUAAAUCUUCACAAGACUGAAUAUUUAUUUGUUCUGAUUAAAUCGGUAGAUUAUAAGUAAUUAGUAUGUUAUGUUCUUAAAUUCAACUAACGAAUAUAGGUAAUCCGUUCAUUAAAGUCAAUACUUUCAUAACCCAAGUGCUCUUUUGUCUCUUUCUGUCACAUUGUGUUUACGCUCUGAUGAAAAGAUAAACGAGUACUAGGCAAAACUGCAAUUGGACUGAUUUAUAUUUUUAUAAAUCAAUUAGUUUUGUGUAUAUUUUCUCAUCUCAUAAACAAUAUGAAGAACUAUCCGUUAGUUAGAUAUGGGAAACGAAACUUGACAGUUGAUUAUCGUAGAUGUGUGAUUGUAAGUCACAGACGAUAGACUACUUGGACUAGAGAUGCGUUUGACCAAUCACAAUCGAAUGAAACAUCGUCUGUGGUUUUACAUUCUCACAAUUCUGCGUAUGUAUAAAAGAGGGUUUUAAAGAUUUAAGGGUAAAUGAAUAUUUGACGCCUUUGUCCAAUUCGAUUAUGAUUCACAUGAUCUUCCUCCAGCCACAGAAGCAUGUUUUACAAAGACGUUUGGAUUCCAUAGAAUUCUCAAGACGGUAGAUUCGAUAUAUCGUUUUGUGCAUUGUGAAAUACACCUGAAUGAAUAAAGACGCAAAUACUUCAUAAAGAUUGAAAUUACAAGUUUAUAAUGUGUCGUUAAUGUGUAAUUGUACUAUUUUGUUAACUUUACCGAAACAGUUUUGACAAUAUAGCGUACGUGCACAGACAUACCUAUAGUCAUUUAACCUUUUACUUGUUGUAAGUAAAUAACUGAUCUGUCUAUUUUUGUCACAGAGUUGACCACUUCACAGAAUGACAAUUGACUUCAGUCAAACUCCAUAUAAAAUAACGUUUCUUUCCACAUAACAACUGUCACUUUAAGGUCGUUAUAUAGAGUUUACAUCGUAAUAUGAUUAUAUAUAUUAUCGAAUUUAGUUACUAAAUGUUAGGGAAUUAGUUUUGGCUCUGGGAUCUAGAUAUUAUUUUGUUGUCUAGUUUAUAUAAUAAUUCUUGGUGUACUGUCGCUGUGAUGUCACUUUACAUCAGUUCCUUGUAAUGUAUGCAUAAUAUUUUAGUAGAAUUAUAAUCUAAUUACUUUAUAUUUUAAAUAAUAUUGGACCUAGACAGCCGUGUACAUUGUAACUCAAAUAAUAAAAGGACCGUCAAUCUGUCAAAUGUCCAUUAAAAAGCACGGUUUUCGAAAAAAACAAAAAAAGUUGGUUAGCCUAAAAGUACCUUACAACAUGGCCCAAAGUCGACUAUUCUAAUUUGAUUUAAGUAUAAAACAUGUAAAGUGACGUCACAACAACAAAAGUAAUGUCGUUUUAAAACUACCCUCUUUUAUUUAACAAAGAUGAAUAUUAAGCUAAUUUCAAGUUAAGUUUUUCUUUAUGAAAGUUUGCUUAUUUAAGAAAUAAUUUGUGGAUUAGUUCCUGGCAAAACAAUGAUGAAACAUCGUACCAUGAUUAAUAUAUUUAUUAAACUUGCUUCUGUGCACUUAUAAACAAUUAUUGUUUUGCCCAAAACCGCCACUCCGAGAUUAGUGCGUCACGUUGCAUCCGUCGUUUCGCAACUGGCCGUUUUUCAAGUCCAGUUUUGGAACCAAUUCGAUUUAGGAUCCUUCAAGAAAAGAGCAAACCAAUUCUUAAAAGGCCAACAAUGCUCUCGAGAGCCCUCUGGCAAUGAGUGUCUAUGGGCGACGGUAUAUCUUAACAUUAGAUAAGGUUCUUUCUAGUUUAUUUGAAAACAAAGUUUUUUCAUAAAUGAUUAGUGGCAAUGAUCGUGUUUGUUAUUUAUUAUAUAUUUAUAGAUUCUAGUUAAUGCGUUUUCUUGUUAAGAUUCCACAUUCCACAGAUUUUAUGAACUUAGUUACCUAUGUAAAUCUAACUGGGAUGUAUUUUGGAGCGUGUUUUGCGAACUCAACUGUUAACGUUAAUAUUAAUGUGUGUAUAUGAAGCCAGCUUUAGUACCAGCUCUGAUGUAAUUUAGUGUAAUGUUAGUAAAUAUUUACUAUUUUUUUUAUUAACCUAUAAUACCUUUUUAAAGUAUAAAGUAUUUCACUUAUAAAUUCAACGCUCUGUGAUCUUUUGUAACUAAUGAUUGUAAAUAUGUUUAUAAUAUAGACGUAAGAUUGAUGGCAUUAAAAGUAUGUGGCAAGAAUUUAAUUUUGGUUUUAUUAAAAUU